GUUAUAUUUUCUACUUCCUUGUCUGUAAGGUAAUGGGGUCGGCAUGACCACUAAGAAAUAUUUGAUACACUGGGUGAUGAGCGGACAUGAGUAGGCUGUCAUUCAGGCCUCGUCCUCUUGACAUUCAUAAGAAACUGCCAAUUGUUAAAUCCAUCAAGGACUUUGAAGAUGAAGAGACAAUAUCUUCUACACGCAAUUCACAGAUACUACGCCUUGCUGCAGAGGCUGAUAAUGAGGUUCAUCAAAUUCCUAGUAAGAAAAUCGCUCCUGAAAUACCUAUUCCCCAGUUUAUUGUUGUGGAUACAUAUGAAAGAGAUUAUUCCCGCACCUUCAACCAACCAACGUUUUAUUUACGCCUCAGGGGAGUUCGGGCUGAGAUUGGAGAUUUUGUUGAGUAUGAUAUGGACAAUGAGGAUGAGGAUUGGCUUCAAGAAUUCAACAAUGAAAGGAAGAUUCUUUCACCUGAAAAGUUUGAGAGUCUUCUUUUCAAGUUAGUGGUAUUGGAUCAUAAGGCCCGGGAAAGAGCUGGAAUAAUAACACCUACUCUUGGCUCACCCAUCCCUGUUGUUCUACAGGCGGAAGCUGCAUUCGAGGCUUUGCAAUCUCAAUCCAUACGACAUUCAGUUUUUCAGUUUGUCUAUAACUAUUGGAAGGCAAAGAUUAAUGAUACUAAUCCAUACAAUGUAUUCAGACCAAGAGAGAAAGCCCACCGGCUCCACACAAGAAGGAUGCAAAGGAGGGAGAACAACGUUCAGUCAUUUGAAAAGCUUCGCCAGGUCAGGUGCAAUUUCGAUCAAACCAAAACUGUACUGGAGGCUUUGAUUAAGAGGGAAGAGAAGAAAAGAGAUGUCAUGGAAAGUGAAGUCAGCCUUCAACGAAUUCAAACAAAGUACAAGCAAAAAACUCAGCUGGUUGAAGAUGGCUUGGUACUGCCAGGCUUCAUGCCUAUCUCUUGCAAGUUUGGUUCGAGCGAGGAUGAUUUUUCUGACUCGGAUGACAUGGCUAACUGCUGCACACAUAUUAGACCAUCUGCACUACAGAAUGCACCUUUCACAGACUCCAAGCUGAUGAUGGUCCCAACAGGACGUGUGAAGCAAGAAUUGAGACGAAGACAUCUACCACAUGGAUGGUUCCACAAAAGGGAUCCACUUGAGCCAGUAUUAUUGUUCACAAGACCUUUGGAUCCAGAAAAAUUGGCCGCCGCAGGAAUACUACCACUAUCAAGUCCUCUAAUUGAAAAUGGUGAAUCCAUACCACCAUAUCAUCUCCAUGGAAGGAUUGGCCGAGGAGGGCGCAUCAUAUUUGAUAGAUGGAAUUGGCUUUUGCAGUCACCACUUGGCAAUGAUAACUCUUCAUAUGUGCCACCAAAUCCUGGGCCUCCCCUUCUCUUUUGAACUGGAUCCCCACGGUUACCUUUCCAUGCUUCAACUUUAGUUAAUCGAAACUUGGUGAACCCCAAUUGUACAAGUCAGGAAAGAGGAUCGUAUUCCCUUAUCACGUGGUACUGUAGAACGCGUGUUCAGGAAAUUCAACAAAAUCUUGUGGGGAGCGCCUGGUUCAGAUAUUAAUUUGCAAAGUAUGGAUUGGAAAUGGAUGUA